UCUAAUGUACCAAUUUUAUUAUCUUGUUCUGGAGAAAUCCGUAUUAUCAUCCCUUAUCAACGACCAUUAUAGAUAAAAUAAAAAAUAAGAAUUUCUUGAUUAUUUCGGUUAAAAUAAAAUCCAGUAUACACAGUAUUAUAUUAAAUAUUCCAUAUUUGCAUCCGAGCGAUCGAAUAUUUAAUAGAAAUCGUUAAAUAAGAGUGGAAGGAUGGCUCCGCAAAUAGAUAACACUAAUGUAACAUUAGAUCGAAUAUUGAAGGAAAAAUUUACCUCGGAGUUUCGUAGUGGUUACAUUACUGUGGAGGGUGUUUGUUUACCUGAACGUUAUCAACAUUUUGCGGAACAAAUCGAAAAUUUUGAGGUCAAAGAUGAUGAUGUUUGGGUCUGCACCUUUCCAAAAACCGGUACCACAUGGACACAGGAAAUGGUUUGGUGUAUUGCUAACGAUUUAGAUUUCCAAGGCGCAAAACAAUUAUUGUUUGAAAGAUUUCCAUUCUUAGAGGUCUCAAUUAUCUACGACUUCGAAAAGUUCUUGUUGGAUAUACCAAAUUCAUUGAAUUCCGAGGUAAUGCAAAAUAGCGUGAACUUCAUAAAAAACCAACUCAGUCCAAGAUAUAUCAAAACCCAUCUGCCAUUUCAUCUCCUUCCGCGACAAUUAAGAAUGGGUGAAAAGAAAGCGCGCAUUAUCAAUGUCAUCAGGAAUCCAAAGGACACAUGUAUCUCCUAUUUUCAUCAUGGCAAAUUGGUUGAAGGCUAUCGAGGUGAUUUCGAUGAAUUUUGCCAGCUUUUUCUAGGUGGAAAACUUACCUACGCUCCGUAUUGGGAGCAUGUCCUUGGUUAUUGGAACAAAAAAAAUGACAUGAAUAUUUUAUUCUUAAAGUACGAAGAUAUGAAGUCUGAUCUUCCGUCUAUAAUCAAGAAAGUAGCCACUUUUCUGAACAAAAGGAUUACAGAUGACGAAGUGGAAACUUUAGCCACGCAUCUCAGCUUUGCGAAUAUGAAGAAGAACCCUUCGGUGAACUAUAAAGGAACAAUUGAAAAUUACAAAAAAAUAAAGUUAACCACCACCGAUGGUACAUUCAUUCGAAGCGGAGAGGUCAAUCAAUGGAAAGGAAAAUUAUCUCCUGACAUGAUCGAGAAAUUUGACGAGAUGACUAAGAAAAUAUUUGAUCCUGUUGGUCUUCAUUUUUGUUUAGCGGAGGAGAAUGACGAGGAAUACAGAGGAAAAUAUAUUGGAAAGUUGAACGCGUAUCAUCAUCAGGUAUCUGGUGAGUUACAUGCAGUCGAUGAAUACACGCUGCUUGUAACUUCCUUCAGUUACGAUGGUAACGGAGCAGAUACGUUCUUUUGGGCUGGUGCAUCUAAUCGGCCAGGUCCUCAAGGUUUCAUCGUACCUGACGAGUGGGGCAAGACCAACGUACUUGGUCGGUAUCUCAAUCGAGAUUUUACGCUGACCUUGCCGGACAACAAAAAGAUAACGGAUAUUAAAUGGUUCGCCGUGUACGAUUUGGCUAGUCAGAACACGUUUGGUGAUGUCUAUAUUCCUGAAGAAUUUGAUCCACCAGCUCCUCAGAAGAUUUCUCAGCUAUCCAAAAGAUCCCAUGACGUAUCGUCUGAAUCGAUAGUGAUCUUGGAUUCGAAGACAAUCAGUAUACCACAAUUUACGUAUGAUGGGACGGGAAAUGAUACGUAUUUCUGGGUCGGUUUAGGUCCUCAACCUUCGAGCAAAGGAACCAAAGUUCCUGAUGAGUAUGGAUACCUGGAUCCACUGCGUGCUUAUAAAAAAGAGGAUAUAAUAAUCCAAUUGCCAGGAGAAAUGACUGUCUUUAACGUCGAUUGGUUGAGCGUAUUUGACGUAAAAACUAAAUCGAAUUAUGGCUCGAUUAUUAUACCAGACGGUCUUAAUGUACCACCAUCUUUAGUUAAAAUUGUCAAGCAUACACAAUCUUUGCCAAAUUGUGUUCAGCUCCAUAAACGUUAUCAAGUUAGUUGGGAAAUCUUUGGUCCACAGAUCACGAUACAAUUGGCUGGUCAAGUUGCCGAAGAUGAGUACAUGGCUUUUGGCUUAUCCGGUUCUGAUAGCUCCAGCCAAAUGGAAGGUGCAGAUGUUACCGUUGCUUAUAUGGAUGGUACUCGGGGCUAUGCCACUGAUUAUAACAUAACGACAAAAGCACCGUGUGGAAAAGUUCUUGGACAGUACAAGGGUGUUUGCAAGGAUGAGCUUUUAGGUGGAUUAGACAGCAAUCAAUUGUAUACCGCGGUAAGGGAAAAUGGCAUCAAUAUCAUUACCUAUAGGCGAACGCUUAAUUCGUCUGAUCCAGGAGACAAAACAUAUCCUACAGACAGGAUGGUCUAUAUAAUUUGGGCAUUAGGAAGAUUAGAUGAAAAUAUGGAACCUAAUUUUCAUGAUCUCUAUCCUAAAAGUGACUUACGAUUAGAAUUGAAUCGUCAGGAACCGGAAAACACCUGUAUGGAUUUCACGGAAGAUAAUGAAAAGCUCAUGAUACCUUGGGAAAAGGCAGAAAUAUUCGAUAGGAGUAUUAGAACUUUUAAAGCAACUAUUGGACUAUCUGGAGGAAAAAAAGGCUAUCAAGGAAUAACAGGACAAACGUCAAUGGGUUACGCGUGGUACAUUGAAGGUCAAUUAAUACCGGAAUUGUACUUGCGUCGAGGAUUAACAUACAACUUCGUUGUCUAUGGAGGUAAUAAUCCUCAUAGUUCUAAUUUGUAUCAUCCUCUAAUUAUCACGGAUGAGCCUCACGGAGGCUACGAUAGACUCAGCGAUAUUGCACAAAACAAAGUAAGAGUGUUAGCUGGUGUUGAGUUUACUAGAAGAGGCCGACCAAGGCCAACAGCAGUGGGCCCUCUUUGCCUGAGCAAGCAUGAUGGCAGAGACAGAAGACUAGACGAUGACUUUCUAUCUUUCAAAAAAUUUAAUAGAAGUCUUAUAUCUAUUUGCGAACCUGGUGAAGGAGGUAUUUUAGAAGUGACACCUAACUCAUCGUGGCCGGAUAUUGUUUAUUAUAAUUCCUUUACUCAUGCAAAUAUGGGUUGGAAAAUAUACGUCGUUGAUGCUUAUUCUCGAAGCGAAGCAAUUUUACAUAACUUAUCCCUAACUAAAAAAUCUAUUAUAUUUUCAACUAUGGAAGGCAAUUUUGCUGAUAAAUUGGAUUAUAUGUUUGGAGUAAAAUCCAGCUUUUUAAAAGUAGAACCAGGAUACUGUUUAUUACCUCCUAAUUAUGCGUUCUUUGCUAAAAAAAUAAGAGAUAUGAAAAUAUACGAAGAUGACAUAUGGGUAGUUUCUUAUCCUCGAACUGGUAGUCAUUGGGUACAAGAAAUGGUAUGGUGUAUUGGAAAUAAUUUUGAUUAUAAAACCACGAAAACUCUUCUGGUGAUACGUAGUCCGUUGCUAGAAGCAUCCGCCCUCAUGGUUACAGGAAAUUACGUAGAUUGGUUUUCAAAAUUAGGUGACUCAGUAGAAAAUGUUGUAAAUGCAUCACAACCUCGAUAUAUUAAAUCACAUUUACCUUGGGAUUUAUUACCUACAGAUAUUCACUUGAAGAAACCGAAAAUUAUAUAUAUAAGCCGAAAUCCUAAAGAUACAUGUGUGAGCUUUUAUCAUUACUGUAAAGUAUUUCAUGAUAUGAAAGGCAGCUUCGAAGAUUUCGCGGAAUUAUUUGUGAAUGACAAUGUUCCAAUGGGACCAUUCUGGAAUCACGUACUUCCUUUCUGGAAUGCUAGAAAACAAGAUAAUAUUUUGUUUUUAACAUAUGAAGAUAUGAUGAAGGAUCAAGCUGAAAUAAUUAAAAAAACAGCAAAAUUUCUUAACAAAACAAUAACAAAUGAACAAAUUAUUGAACUUAGCGAACACUUAAAAUUCUCUAAAAUGACGACAAAUCCUGCUGUAAAUUUAGAACAUAUAUUAAAAGAAAAGGGUUUUGAUGAAAAUAAUCCUAAUGUAAAAUUUAUAAGGAAAGGUAAAAUUGGUGAUUGGAAAAAUUACAUGUCAGAAGAUCUAAGUCAAAAAUUUGAUAUUUGGAUGGAGAAACAUUUAAAAAAUACUGAUUUAAAACUGGAUACAGAAAGUUCCAUAUGUGAAUAGCAUUGAAAAUUACCUAUUUAUUAUUUACUUUAAGCAAUGAUAAAGUUACAUCAAAAAUUGCUGCAUAUAAAAAUUCAGAGAAUAAUUUUUGUAUGCUAUAAUAUACUUUCUUCUAGACUUUUAUAUAACAGACAUUAAUACAAAAUUAG